AACUGGAGGGCUAGAGAGCUGGAGCUGGAACUGGAACUGGAGCUGGAGCUGUUAAGGAGUGUCGAAGCUCGUGCCCAACCACCCACCAAGUUUGUGCAUGGCCAGUCGUCAGCAGCUGCUGCUGCCUGCCACAAACAGCUAACCAACGGGGUCUAAUCGGACUGGGACUGGGUCUGGGACUGGGAGGAGGACGAGGGCGAGGGUGGUGACGAAAACGACAACGACGACAACGACGACGACGACGACAACGGCCACAAAAUGCAGAAGGAAAACAAUGUGACGGCAGAGAAUUGCCAAUUUGUGGGUCCCUAUCGCCUGGAGAAAACCCUGGGCAAGGGUCAAACGGGUCUUGUGAAGCUUGGCGUGCAUUGUGUGAUUGGCAAGAAGGUGGCCAUUAAAAUAAUCAAUCGUGAGAAACUCAGCGAAUCGGUGCUAAUGAAGGUUGAACGUGAAAUUGCUAUAAUGAAACUAAUCGAUCAUCCGCACGUGCUCGGCCUCAGCGAUGUGUACGAGAAUAAGAAAUAUUUGUAUUUAAUUCUGGAACACGUCUCUGGUGGCGAACUCUUCGACUACCUGGUGAAGAAGGGGCGGCUGACGCCGAAGGAGGCGCGCAAAUUCUUCAGGCAAAUAAUAUCUGCGCUCGAUUUUUGCCAUUCUCACUCCAUAUGUCAUCGUGACUUGAAGCCGGAAAAUCUGCUGCUGGAUGAAAAGAAUAACAUUAAGAUAGCGGACUUUGGCAUGGCCUCGCUGCAGCCCGCUGGGAGCAUGCUGGAAACCUCAUGCGGUUCGCCGCACUAUGCCUGUCCAGAGGUCAUAAGGGGUGAGAAGUACGAUGGACGUAAGGCGGAUGUCUGGUCAUGUGGUGUCAUUCUCUACGCGCUGCUGGUGGGUGCGUUGCCCUUCGACGACGACAACUUGCGGCAGUUGCUGGAGAAAGUGAAGCGCGGCGUCUUUCACAUUCCGCACUUUGUGCCGCCCGACUGCCAGAGCUUGCUGCGCGGCAUGAUUGAAGUGAAUCCGGACAGGCGUCUGACGCUGGCCGAAAUAAAUCGCCACCCUUGGGUAACCGCCGGCGGCAAAGGUGAACUGGAGUUGGAGCUGCCGAUGAUGGAGGUGGUGCAGACACAUGUAAUACCCACAGCGACGGCGGUGGAUCCGGAUGUGUUGAAUGCGAUUUGCUCGUUGGGCUGCUUCAAAGAGAAGGAUAAGCUCAUACAGGAACUGUUGAGCUCCAACCACAAUACCGAAAAAGUAAUUUACUUUCUGCUGCUCGAGCGCAAGCGACGACGGCCAGCACUCGAGGACGAUGAGGAGAUAGCACAGAAAUCGCGCAGUGAGUUGGAUGCCGUGGAUCCGCCACGUAAGCGACUGGACACUUGCCGUAUUAAUGGCACUAAUGCGCCCAGCUAUGGUCAAAUUUCGGAAGGAUCACCGCUGACGCCGCGACGACAGGCCUUCAACUUCCGUUCUUAUAGCAGCACACGCAAUCACCAACGACGCUCGCCCACAACGGUUUCUUCGUCUGUGCGCAGCUCAUCAUAUCACAGUCCCACGCGCUGCAACUCGCCCAUGAGCUCGGCGCAACAGCAGGCGAACGCCAUAUCGCGUCCCAGCUCGCCGGCGUCCUCCACACGGCAUUCCACGUACGGUGGGGCGGAUCGCGAACGCUCAGGCUCCAUACACCAUCCGUCGGUUAGUCGCACGCCUUCGCAUAGCUCGCAGAAGAGCAUCGAGGGCGUCAACAGCGAUGUGGUGGUGGUGCGGGAGCCGCGUCUGGAGCGCCGUGAUUCAUCGCGCAAUGAGCGUAGCUCAGCCAGGGAGCGGGAACGGGAGCGCGAACGUGAACGUGGGAACUGUGUGCCACCGGGCAGUCCUGGCGGCAACUCCACCGCCUCGCCUUCAGUGCAUCAUCGUGCCAACUCAGGUCCGACCAUUGCCAUUAGUAUGUUCCACGAUCCAGAGUCGAAUAGUGUUGUGAAUCCUACCGCCUCGCCGCUGCUGAACAACAGUAAUGUUGGUAUGCCUGGCUCGCCUUGUAAUACGCCGGGCGGACAGCUCUGGAAAACGCGCCUAACGAAUAUCAAAAACAGUUUUCUUGGAAGUCCACGUUUCCAUCGCAGAAAAUUACAGGUCUCCGCCGAUGAGGUUCACCUUACACCGGAGUCGUCGCCGGAGCUGACAAAGCGUUCGUGGUUUGGCAAUUUGAUAACCACGGAGAAGGAUGAAACCUUUACAAUAUUGGUGAAGGGCAAGCCCAUAGCCACAGUGAAGGCGCAUUUAAUCCAUGCAUUUCUAUCUAUGGCGGAACUAUCGCACAGCGUUGUGUCGCCCACCUCGUUUCGCGUGGAGUACAAACGUAAUGGCAAUGGACCGGUUAUGUUCCAGCGACAUGUCAAAUUUCAGGUCGAUAUCAGUGCUAUAUGCAAACAAGGUGAUAUUGCGGAUAUGCUAUUCGCUUUAACGUUUACACUGCUAUCAGGCAACAUCCGCCGUUUUCGUCGCAUUUGUGAGCACAUACAAUCGCAGGUCUGUUCGAAGCGAUUCCCCGGACCCAGUAGCCCGCCCACAGUGACGACCGUAACUCAGGCAGUGUCGGAGAGCUCUUCGUGUGGCUCGGUUUCCAGCGAACGAUUGUCCUAUAAGCGACAGGUGAUUGAAAAUGAUAUGGAAAACGAUUCCAUAUUUUCCUAUAAAUCGGGCAAUGGACGUCGUGCCUCAACGACCAAUAACAACAACGCCAAUCCGGUGGACAUACCAGGCAGUCCCAUAGCAGUCCGUUCAAAUUCCGAGACUGCUGAGCAUGAACGCAAUCGCGAACUGCAGAGUGAGCGCCAGGCGACAACGAUGUCCGGUAGUGCAAUCGCAUGAGAAUUAUUUCUCUGAUUUAGUUACAUUUUUCUAAAGGAUAUUUGUUUUGAUAUUAAACAACAAAAGCUAACGACAUAUUUCUAUUUCAACUAAAUAAUGCAUUGAGCAGCCAACAACUCUCAACAGUAUGCAUUUUUUCCAAUUCAACAUUAAAAACUAAACUCCAGAGAGAAAAAAAAUACGAAGUACAUAUGCAUAAAAAGCAAUAAUAGCGGAAUUUACUCAAAAUACUCAAAGGAACUUUUCAAACUGUACACCAACUAAAGGGAAAUCACUCGCUUCAUAAGUAUUGAACAAAACUAUGGCCUGUCAGCUGCUUGAGGAGGCUUGAAAAGAUCGAUGUGCAGCUUUUAUACUACAAAUUUUUUUUAGGCUGCAUAAUUGUUUUCUAACUAAAUUAAAUACAAUAAUUUUGAUGUAUGCUUUUUAUUUUUAAAUGGACAUUGUUGCCGCCGCGCCUGAAAAGCUUGCAAUACGAACACCGUGAAAAGAAAAUACAAAUACUCCUUUAAGGGAGAAAAUGUUACAAAAUGUUUUUUGCAUACGCUCUAGUUUAAGUCGAAAAGUUAGGAAUUUUCUUUAUCUAGAUCUUGCAUUAGCUAUGCAAUACAUAAA